UAACCUUCAGCUGGAGCCUGAUUAGUAAACAACAGUUAACCAAAUAUCGCGAGAACAUUUAGGGCCUAUGUGAGACCACGGAGCGGAUAUCCGGCCUCUUUUCCGUGGCGGACCGUCGUAGGGCCGGUUUAGCAAAAUGAAGCUGAACAUCUCAUUCCCCGCUACUGGCUGCCAGAAGCUGAUUGAAGUUGAUGAUGAGCGCAAGCUGAGGACUUUCUAUGAGAAGCGUAUGGCCACUGAGGUGCCCGCUGACCCUCUGGGAGAUGAGUGGAAGGGGUACAUGGUGCGCAUCAGCGGUGGCAACGACAAGCAGGGCUUCCCCAUGAAGCAGGGGGUGCUGACCCACGGCCGUGUGCGCCUGCUGCUCAGCAAGGGCCACUCCUGCUACCGUCCCCGUAGGACUGGGGAGCGCAAGCGCAAGUCUGUGCGUGGUUGCAUUGUUGAUGCCAAUCUCAGCGUUCUCAACUUGGUCAUUGUCAAGAAAGGCGAGAAGGACAUUCCCGGGCUGACCGACAGCACCGUCCCUCGCCGUCUUGGUCCCAAGAGGGCCAGCAAGAUCCGCAAGCUCUUCAAUCUGGCUAAGGAGGAUGAUGUGAGGCAGUAUGUUGUGAGGAGACCCCUGACUAAAGAAGGCAAGAAGCCCAGAACUAAGGCUCCCAGGAUCCAGAGACUGGUGACGCCCCGUGUGCUGCAGCACAAGCGCCGUCGCAUCUCUCUCAAGAGACAGCGCACCAUGAAGAACAAGGAGGAGGCCUCUGAGUACGCCAAGCUGCUGGCCAAGAGGAUGAAGGAGGCCAAGGAGAAGCGCCAGGAACAGAUCGCCAAGAGGCGCCGCCUUUCUUCUCUGAGAGCAUCCACAUCCAAGUCAGAGUCCAGCCAAAAGUGAAAUCACAAACUCAAAUAAAGUCAUGUUUUGCUGAAAAAUUAACCUGUGUCAUGUAAUUGUUUUUAAGUACUUUGUGACCAUAGACUAAAAUAUUUGUAUGAUUGCAGGGUUGCCAGUUGAAUGAUAGUGGGCAAUUAAAAGGACUGAAAUCAAUGACAAAAA